UCCAUUUGUUCUGUCAUAUUACAAUUUUUCUCUCUAAAAAACACAAAUUUUACUCAAAUUUUUCCCCAAAAUUGAAAAAAAAAAAAUGGAAGCUAUUAACAUGAAGAUCUUCGUUGUUGCAGUGAUGAUGAUAAUAAUGGCUAUCUCCGCCGUGAAAGGUGUCGCCGCCGCUGAUGCUCCGGCACCGGCACCGGCUUCCGACGCUACCGUCUUCGUCCCCGCCGUUAUAUCUUCAUUUGUUGCACUUGCUUUUGCUCUUUUCUUCUAAGCUAAUAUUAUUAUUAUGUUUUGUUGAGGGUAUUUUCGUCAAUUUUUUUUAAUUUGUGGGAGUUGAUUUUUUUUCUUUUUGAGUGAUUUUAUUAUUUGUAUUUUGUUAUUUUUUUUUUUGUAUUUUUGUGUAAUAUAAUUGGAAUAUUUAGUGAGGUUUUAGGUUAUUAUUAUUAUUAUUUAUUUUUAUAUUAAUAAUAAUUAAGAGAUCUUGUUAUCUUGAA